AUGUCGUCUGAAAAAGCAUCAUCCAGCGAGAACAUUGUUAGCCAGAAGUAUGACAGGUGUCUGGCCGAUUUCUUGGUGAAGGCUGGUGUAGGUUUCAGCGUAGGAGUUGUUGGAUCCGUCAUUCUUUUCCGAAGACGGACAUGGCCUAUUGCCCUUUCAACGGGCUUCGGCAUGGGUGCAGCAUACGCAGACUGCGAUCGCUCAUUCAACCCCGCACGCGUCUCGGGGACGCGGAUAAUAUCUCAGACAGACGAGAGCAAGUGA